AUGGUGGCUAUCAAGUCCGAAGAAAUCAUGUAUGGCUCGACGGUCAACGGCUCGUCCGAGGGCAUGAAGCGUCGUAACAGUUUACGCUCUAAUUCCUCUACAAGCAGCGGUGAUGACGAGAUGGAAACCAUUAAACUCGCACCCACGAACUCAUCGAAUUGUUCGCCCCGGUCCGUCGCUAAGAAAGCCACGUACGAGUCAAUCUUGGAACGUUAUUUGAUGGCCACAUGCACCAAGAUGUACGACGUAGAGGAGCUUAUUGAUUACUAUUGGCAUCGACGACUGGCCGCUGUACCUGCUGUGAUUGUGAGCUACCUGCCUUUUGUCAUUACUCCUAACCAGAUCACUAUCUUUGGUUUAUUUCUUGGCUGGGGUGCCGCCUUGUGUCUUUAUGACUCGGAGUUUCAUUACCCACUGUCCUGGGAACCUUCCCAUUCGCUGCUGGCGGCCGCGUUCUUGAUGUUUACUUGGAUUAUCUCUGACUGUACGGAUGGACAGGUUGCUCGUCUCUGCAAGCGCGGUACGCGCACAGGUCGCAUCUUGGACGGUGUCGUGGAUUUUCUCGUCAUUGUCCCUAACUUUUUGAUUAUGGGUGAUGUCAUGCAGCAUCAUUAUGGAGAUAAUGUCAUGCUAUUCUAUUUGGGUUUCGGGUCGGGCAUGUCGCUCUGGCUACACGCUCUCAUUUAUGACAAGAUUAAGAACGUUUACAUGGAGAACGCCCUUCCACAGUCUGAAUGUGACGGCGAAACGGUCGCCAGUGUGCGGGCUGAGUAUCGUGCCGCUCUUAAACAGUCGGCUUGUGCUCUGGAUACGAUUCUACUUGGAAUCUACACGGCUUAUCUCACUAUUCAGGCGAGCUUUACGUCAGAUGCCGCAUCAAAGGCGGAGACCAACCGUCAAGCAGUGCUAGGUGCUUGUACCAGUGAGCAGCACGAAGCUUACCGCCGAAGAUUCAGCGGACUCGCGCGCAUCGCAUCGUUCUUGGGGAUCAGCACUCACGUCACUGCUGUCUAUCUAGCUUAUUUUCUCGCGAUCUUCCAUUGGGACGUGAUCUUCUACAUGCAGUUCUACCCGAUCGUCCUGCUAAACAUCGUCCUGGUGGGCGUGCUUAUCGAGUACAAGCGUUCCGGCAUGGCCACGUACACGCCAAGCUAA